AAGCAGCAAUCUAUUUUCUUUUUAAUUCCAUAGAUAGGUCGGCCAUAAAUGUAGACACACAGUUAUUAAACGAACGAGUUGGUUAAUAAAGCCUAUUAAAAAACGCCGAGAUUGUUACCUAGCCAUUAUAAGCAACGUUUGAGUAAAAAACUAGUAAAUAAUAACAUAACCUAAUUCGAGUUAGGGAUAUUUGUUAUUUUACCAAAAUAAAUCAACAGUUGGUGGAUGUGCAUCGAGUAAUGGUUUCUGUGAAACGAAAACAAUCUAAUCUGCCUCGAAUUGUAUUUUUCAAAAAGUCACGUCCUUUUUGACAUAAAAAGUUAGGUUAGAAGGUUAAAAUGUCAACUUUGGAGUACUCCGAAUUACUUCGAGGCUGGGGGAGAUCUUCAUGGAAAAACGUCCACAACUGCAAACGGUGUCCCUAUUUUACAACUUCGGUUUUCUUUAUGGCGAACCACGCGAAACGACACCGUUCAUCUCUGGAAAAAUGUACGUGCGAAAACGCCAAAAUCGAAAAGUUUCAUUGUAAAGACUGCGAUUUUAAAACGGAACUGACGAUUCUGUUCAAACAACACAUUAAUAAAAAUCACGGUGUUAAAGUCGAAUCUAGGGACAAUUUAUCAUUGCAAGACUUCAGUGUGCAGACGUAUGUUUGCGAAAAGUGCGAUCUCGAAACAAAUCUGUCAUUGAAGUGGCUUCAACAUACUUUAGAAUGCAUGCGAAAAAAAGAAAAUCUAACAAGUGUGAGUUCAUCAAAAGAAAAUACUUUGUGUAGUUUCAAAGUCAAGCAAAUUGACGGAAAACGUUGGUAUUACUGUGCGCUCUGUUCCUACAAAUCUAGAGAUACAGGUAAUUUAAAACGUCAUUUGAGAAAACAUGCUUUAAACAAACAAUUUGAGUGUGAUAAGUGUCCAUUUAAAACCAGAUAUAAUGGAAGUUUAAGAGAUCACAUAAAACGAAACCAUUUAGACGAACAAGAUGUUGAAUGGCACAAAUGUGAAAAAUGUCCUUUCAAAGCUGUCCAAAAAAAUGAUUUAAUUAGACACAUAAACAACUUACAUUUGAAAGAAGAAGAAGGUGAAUGGUACCAAUGCAAUGAGUGUCCAUACAAAAGUAGAAUGAAAUCUAAUUUAAAAAUUCACGUAAUUUCAAAACAUCUAGAUGAAGAAAAAAUUACGUGGUAUAAAUGCGAACAGUGCCAAUAUAAAACUAGGCGUAAAGGAUGUUUAAGGAAACACAUACAUAUCCAUUUAAAAAAACAGAAUGCCGAAUGGUGGAGAUGUAAAAAGUGUUCAUUUAAAACUCUAAAUUCGUUUCACUCGAACAAUGAAGACGUUAAUUCAAAAGAAUGCAAUCAGUGUCUGCUCAACAAAAAUAAAGGGUACGAAUGUAAGUAUUGCCCAUUCAAAACCAAAUGGAAGUCGAGUUUAAAUAAGCAUGUAAAUACUCUACAUUUGGAUGACAAUGAAAUUAAAUGGUACCAAUGUGACGAAUGUCCAUACAGAAGUAAAUAUAGUUCAGAUUUAAAGAAACACACAGAUGUUAAUCAUUCAGAAGAACCAAAAUGGUAUGAAUGUGCAAAGUGUUCGUAUAAAACUAAAAUCAAAAACUAUUUAACACGGCAUGCACAGACUCAUUUUGACAUCAAACCCUAUUAGUGCGAAUAUUGUCCAUUAGUAAUAUUAAGUCAGUUGUGUACUGCAAGCUAUGACUAUUUUUUCAUUAAAAUU